GCUAGCGGAAGCGGCGCGGCCCCGGGGCGGCAGGCGGCGGAAGCGGGGUGCUUCUGGGGUGAUGGCGGCCGGCGGCAGCCUUAGCCGCUUGGAGCGGAAGGCAGCGGCGCGCGCCGAAAUACUUCAGCAGGAGGAGCAGCGUGACCGGCGGAGACAGGUGUCCCGCAUCUGGAGGAAGCCGCCGGCGGAGCGCAGCCCCGAGGAGUGCCAGGUGCUGGCCGAGAGCGAGGACAUCGUCCGGGAGCUGGAGCGGCGCCGCAAGCGGCGCGAGCGGCUGCGCCGGCGGCAGGAGGAGGUAUGUGAUGAGCCAGAGGAGUUAAAGAGAAAGGCUACUGAGCUGGCUGCUGCUGUUCGGAAUGCCAAGCACCUUGUCAUCUAUACAGGAGCUGGGAUCAGUACGGCAGCUUCAAUCCCAGACUACAGAGGCCCUAAUGGCAUAUGGACGUUGCUGCAGAAGGGCAGGAGCAUCAGGGCUACAGAUCUGAGUGAGGCAGAGCCCACACUCACUCAUAUGAGCAUUGCCUGCCUACACAAGCACAAUCUGGUGCAGCAUGUGGUGUCUCAAAACUGUGAUGGGCUGCAUCUGAGGAGUGGGUUACCCCGAGCAGCAAUAUCUGAGCUUCAUGGAAACAUGUACAUAGAGGUCUGCACUUCCUGUACACCCAACAGAGAGUACGUGCGAGUAUUUGAUGUGACAGAGCGCACAGCCCUGCACAGGCAUCACACUGGCAGGAUGUGCCACAAGUGUGGGGCACAGUUGAGAGAUACAAUCGUCCACUUUGGGGAGAAGGGGACGUUGAGACAGCCCCUGAACUGGGAAGCAGCAACAGAAGCUGCAAGCAAAGCAGAUGUGAUUCUUUGUCUGGGUUCCAGCUUAAAGGUCUUGAAAAAAUACCCACGUCUUUGGUGCAUGAGCAAGCCACCCACCCGUCGUCCAAAGCUCUAUAUUGUGAACCUACAGGGGGCUGCUGGCCCGUGCGCAAGACGCCCACAGCAGCGGCACUGGUGUCACCCUGCAGUGGACCCCCAAGGACGACCUGGCUGCCCUGAAGCUGCACGGCCGCUGCGACGACGUCAUGCGGCUGCUGAUGGCCGAGCUGGGGCUGCAGAUCCCGCGCUACGACCGGGCGCAGGACCCCAUCUUCGCGCUGGCCCAGCCGCUGCGGCCGGGGGAGGAAGGCACGCACUCACGGAAGCCGGUGGCCCCACCGCCGGGCGCCGAGCCGCCGCCGCGGGAGGAGCCGCCGCGGGAGGAGCCGCCGCCGCCCACUUGCCCCGGGGGCUGGCUGGGCCGCGGCUGCGCCAAGGGCGCCCGGCGGAGGAAGAGCCACUGAGGGCGGGCGGGGCCGCGGCCCAAGAUGGCGGCGGGGGCGGGCGCGGGGCGGGGCGAGGCGGGCGGCGGCCCCGCUCGCUCGGCUGCGGGCGGGCGGCGCCGCCGGUGACAGCGCGGCCAUGCUGCGCAACGGGGCGGCGGGCGGCGGCGGCCCCGCGGCGGGCGGAGCGGCGGUGCCGCGGCCCGUGCGCGUCUGGUGCGACGGCUGAGGAGAUUGCCAAGCACAAGGGCCCCCCUGUCUUUACACAGGAAGAGAGGUACAAAAUGGUGCAAGCCAUCAAGUGGGUGGAUGAGAUUGCUCCAGGAGCUCCCUAUGUCACCACACUGGAAACCCUGGACAAAUAUAACUGUGACUUCUGUGUGCAUGGUGAUGACAUCACCUUAACGAUAGAUGGCAAGGAUACCUAUGAGGAAGUGAAGACAGCAGGGCGAUACAGGGAAUGCAAACGCACCCAAGGUGUGUCCACUACCGACCUCGUUGGCCGCAUGCUGCUCAUGACUAAGGCUCACCACAGCAACAUAGAUGAGGACCUAGACUAUCGGAAGCACACUGACAACUUUGGGAAGGGGCCAAAAGGGCACAGUCCCUGGACUGGUGUCUCACAGUUCCUACAGACAUCUCAGAAGAUAAUCCAGUUUGCAUCAGGGAAGGAACCACAGCCAGGGGACACGAUCAUCUACGUGGCUGGAGCCUUCGACCUGUUCCAUAUUGGGCAUGUAGAUUUCCUGGAGAAGGUUCACCAGCUGGCAGAGAAACCCUACAUCAUUGCUGGGCUGCAUUUUGAUCAGGAAGUAAAUCGCUACAAAGGGAAGAACUAUCCCAUCAUGAACAUCCAUGAGAGAACACUCAGUGUCUUGGCCUGUAGGGUAAGAGUCUGUCGGUAUGUCUCGGAAGUGGUGAUUGGAGCCCCAUACGCUGUCACUGCUGAUCUGCUGGAUCACUUCAGGGUAACACUUGUAUGUCACGGGAUGACUGAGGUGGUGCCAGACAAGGACGGUUCUGAUCCAUACGAGGAACCGAAGAGACGUAGCAUCUUCCAGCUGGUGGACAGUGGCAGCAACCUCACCACAGAUUUGAUUGUGCAAAGAAUCAUCAAGAACAGGCUGGAAUUUGAAGCUAGGAACCAGAAGAAGGAAGCAAAAGAGCUGGCUGUGCUGGAGGCCAUGAAAAGACUGGAAGACGAGAAGCACUAGGCCAGCAGAGUGGACACAUGGGUCACAGAGUGCUGCAGCCUCACCCUUUUGAGAAGCAGACAGCUCUUUGAGGGGGGACCCCCAAUGGGGACACUGCUGCUGGCAUGCAGGAUGUGCUGUCCCACCCUUUUCUGUCCUAGCUCCUCCUGCACUAAUUAUGCAGCUAUAAUGAGUUGGGAUCCUGCUGCCUAGUUUUUCCUCAGUUAAUCAGCGCCCAUCCCCUUUCCCAGGAGAAGAGUUGGCAAAAGAAAAAAAAAAAGCAGUUUUAAUUAUAACUAAUGUUUUAACAUGUUGAUGUGCUUUUACCUUCUGCCAUUUCUGGCUUUUAGUAGGAGGGAAACGGAGCAGCUGCCCAGGCCCUCUGGCCCUCCACCUUUGGCUGUCCUGACCAGUCUGCAUUCCAGGGUGGCCCUUUGGGCAGUGGUGUAGGGUGGCUGGACAGGCUGGGAAGAGUGGCCUCGGCCUUCCCAGGGAAAGGACAUGGCACCUGCAGUUCCUCCUGUGAGUUUUCGGUUAGGGACACCAGGCCAUCGGUGUGCUGGCUGCUGCAGGUCCUGACGGGUCCUGUGCUUGGGGGUUCGCUGUGCUGCCUCUCCCAGCUGCUGCCUCUGCACAGAUACCAGACCCAAAGCUACUUUGGGUUUAGCUGGAUAAAGCCUCUCUCCGCUGUCACUGCGGCCAGCAAAUUGUUUGCUGCCCCAGUAACAAGCAGCAGUAUGGCACCUGGCAGCACAGGGACCCUCGAUUUUGUGCUUUCCCUGGUGGGUUGAGGCGUUCCUCUGCACAAGAGGAGUGGGAACUCUGUGGGCUUUUGCCAAAGGCUGUUCCUGUUGUGAGGCAGUAGUGCCAGGUGUUGCAUGUAGGCCUUGCUCAGAGCUCUGCUUGCUGCUGCUGCCAGAGCCCAGCUUGUGCCUGACGGUUACCCAAGGGAGGGACCUUGUCAGCUGAAGUCUCAUGGUGGCUCAUGAGGGCUGACAUGCAGCACACAUGCCCCUGUGGGGAGGUGCGGGGCCUGAAGAAAUGGGUGCUGGGCUGAGCCCCUUUCUGCCUCUUACAUUCCAGGGUGCUGUGGUGGGUGUCCUGGGCCGCUCCCUGCGCCAUGUUGUACAGUCUUUCCGUGCCGGUUCUGUUGUCCUCUCUGUUGUAAACUUAUGUUGCUGAUCACUAAUAAAAUGUUGAAGAGU